CUUGAACUUGACAGAACGCUGUUCAAUACACUGUCCGUAAACUCGCUUAUAUCGCUAUCGCGCUUUCGCUUUCGCUUUAAGAUUCGAAGCAAUCGGUGAUCUGAUUUCACGUUUGCUUAGAUAACUACAACUUUGGUACCCGUUUGCGAGUCUCGACUGCUACCAACGCACUUUACGCCGCACCUCGGUACACACACAAUCACAGCGCAUCGACUCACCACCUGGGCAGCUUCCGACUCAUACCGCAGAUAGAGUCAUGGCGGAACAGAGCAUCAACAUUCCCCAAGUCAUCGUUUUCAUCGUCGUCACGUUCCUUGCUGUGCGAUGGUACUUGAGAAAGCCCACCGCGGCGGCCCCAGGCACGCGAGCUGCGGCGAACCGCGCUGCACCCCGCGUAAGCCCUGCGCAAAUAGACCAAGUCGCUGAGAUGCUGCCCCAGUUGAGCAGACGCGAUAUUGCAUGGGAUCUGCAGAGAAAUGGCGGAAACGUUGCGGCGACAACGGAGCGGGCCCUGAGCGGGCGAGGAUUAGACACGGCACCAGCCUCUUUCCAAAUACCAACACCGGCACCGCGAGUCGCAGCUACACCAGCGCGACCAUCCCCAGCCCCAGCAAGACCCGCACAUCCCGAUCUGAUAACACGAUACAAUCUGUCCUCGAAGCUCAGUCAAGUCUCGCAGCCGGCACAGGAGGAGCAGCCAAAGGCGAAGUCAUGGAGCGCAGACAAGAGUGAGAGGCAAGCAAACUUGCAAAGACGGCGAGAGGAGAUGAUUCUGGCAGCACGGAGAAAGCUCGAAGCCCAGGAAAAGGCGAAAGCGUCAGGCGCUGCCUAGUCACGGCUACGUUAUGCCGGAGAAGAGGAAAAGGCAGUGGAGCAUGAACGCAUGCGCUGGUUGUUAUACCCUAGAUCGCUUCUACAAUAUAUGUUACCAUGCACACCAUCAGAUGAUGACAAGUA